UUUCAACGUGCUGUCAUCACAAGAAAAGUCUCCAAAGUGCUCGGAAUAUUUCCUAUUGUUUUUCAGCUGCUUUUCCUGGCCAUGGAAACUCCAGACAAUUACUACAAUAAGGAGGAAUAUGUGGAGACGGCUUCAGGAAAUAAGGUUAGUCGACAGACUGUUUUGUGUGGAUCACAGAAUAUUGUCCUGAAUGGGAAGGUGAUUGUCCAGAGUGGAGCAAUCAUCCGGGGAGACUUGGCAAACGUUAGAACAGGAAGGUACUGCAUAAUCAGCAAAGAUGCUGUCAUCCGGCCACCGUACAAGCAAUUCAGUAAAGGAGUUGCCUUCUUUCCCAUCCACAUCGGAGAUCAUGUCUUCGUGGGCGAAGGUUCUGUCGUUUCAGCUGCUUCCAUCGGCUCCUACGUUCACAUUGGGAAGAACGUGGUGAUUGGGAGGCGAUGUGUCCUCAAGGAUUGCUGCAUGAUUGAGGAUAAUGCCGUACUUCCGCCGGAAACGACGGUGGCAAGUUUUAUGCGCUUCACGGCGAAUGGAACAAUUGAAGGUGGUCAGGGCAAUCCCAAUUUCGUCCCAGCUGCAAUGCAGGAUCUCAUGAUGGACUACACCCGGAACUACUAUGAGCAUUUCGUUCCAGCUGCAUAAUCUCUGUUUUAUUCCAUAAUUUUCUAUUUAUUCAAUAAAAUUCUGAAAAUUCUCAUAAAAUUGA